AUGGAAAAGCUUGAAUCUGAACCAUCUACAGAUUUAAGCAAAAUGGGCAUUAGACUCAUGCGCAAAGAUGAUUUAGUUCUAGUUUCUUCCUCAUCGCGUGGUUCAAGAUCUCCAGAAAAUUUUCAAAUGCACUUCAAACAAAUUCGUCUACCAUCCUCUGUUAAACAAGUUUUAUCUGUUGCAGUUGAUUUGACAGGAUUUCAUGUUUUAUGUGAAAAACAGUCACGUGUUCAUUUGCUUCGGAUUAGUUGUGUUGGUAAACUUUUGAGCGAUCAUCCUAUCCCAUUCAAUUUUGGAGCUUUAACACAAAAUAAAAAAGAUGAUUCUUAUGAGUGUAUGACUACAGUUCAAAAGUUUGGUGAUGAAACAAUUUUACUGUUGAAUGAUGGCUUUGGUGGAGGCUUUCAACCACUUUUACGGAACAUAUCUGGUGGAUACAAGCAAUUAUCUUAUACUGGUUUAGGCCGAAUUCUUCAAUAUGGAAUGGGUAUAAGAUAUUUUGCAUCAUCUGGUGAGAUUAAGAGUGCUAGUAUAUGUUCAGAACAAAUUAGCAUUGACAAGAAGAACAACAGCUUGAAUAAAAACGCCAAUCGAACUCUUUUGAUGGUUGCGUUAGUUUCUCCAAGCCCUGAAUGUGCACUUUCUGAUUUUGGUUCACUUAUGCAGGCUAUUUUUUUCUGUCAAUUAGACGUCGUUAUUGCUAUUCUUAAAAAGCUUUUUUAUUUAUUUAUUUAUUUAUGAGCCUCAAUUGAAAGGCAGCCUGCUAUCGUUUGUGAACAAAUCGAAGGAAAUCGAGACAGUUAGACUACAAGACAGUUAGAGUGUUAUUGAUUUUUUGUAUUUUCGAAGAGUAUCGAUUUUCUACUUGUUACAUAUUCUCAUUUCUUUUGCUUUUUUUUUUAUUUUUUUUGAUUCCUUUCUUAUUGCUUCCAUCUACUUCCCUAAGUAGAUUCAUGAAUAGUCUUCAAGGCAGAUAUUGGAUGAUUAAGACUGUAUUUUCUUUUUAUUCUCCUUUUCAUUACUAGAUUAUGUAUAACAAUUUUUUUCGGAUCCUGUUUUGGUCCUGUUUUUUUAACCCUGUUACGGAUCCUAGAACCCUGAGUUCAAUCAAGGGUUUUUUGUCAAGAACGAAAUUUGUUCUUUGAGUUAACGAAUUUUC